CUUGGCAAAGCCAGUCAGGACAGAGCGAGACGAUCUGACUUCAUCCCUGUCGUCAGGAAAGAUCUUCACAUCCCACAACUCAGUCCAUGAGACUGUGCUGCUCAUGGCGAGCAAAACACUUUCUAAUUUUCUAACAUUUUUGUAUUAGUUAGUUCCAUGAAUUGAUGGUCUGAGGCUCUACUUCACUUAUAAGCCAGCAGUGCUACAAAACCAUCCCUUAGAAUGAAGCUUCAUAGACGCGUGCUGACGUUCUGGCUCGUGCUUGUCACCCUGGGUGGAUGGACAGUCCUGUCCAGACAAAACAUUUCCUGCAAUAAAAAUAAAACUUUAAGCGUCAUCGGCCUGUUUGGCAAAACGGGGCAAUAUGAUAUUGGGGACAUCAGUGAGCACGGUGCACAACUGGCAGUGAACGACAUCAACAGUAGAAAGGACAUUCUUCCGGGCUACAAGAUCGCCCUGCUGGCCGAGGACACUAAGAGUGACGUGUCUACAGGCAUGGAGAAGCUGCUGUACCAUCUGUUUGAAUGCCCCACCAAAGUGAUGGUGCUGGGAGCCUCCACAUCCUACGUCACCACCUACACGGCUGCAGUAUCCCGCAGGUGGAACCUGGUACAGAUUUCCUUCUCUGCCACGGAUCCAGCGUUGUCAAACAAGAGCAAGUUCCCCUGGUUCUUCAGAACCUCUCUGUCCACCGAAGUCUAUUCUCAAGCUUUCAUCAAGCUGAUGCAAAACUUCCAGUGGUUCAACUUCUCUGUGAUACAGGAAUCCUACAGGUUGUUCACCUCGACAGAGGAGACGAUGAAACGGUAUUUGAAUAACACAGAUAUUACCAUAAACACCGUGGAAACAUUUGACAAUGACUUAGAAAAUGCUAUUGCAAAACUUAAGUCGAAGGAUGCGCGGAUUAUCUACGUCGCUGCUUUCGAGAACAAGGCCAGGCAAGCAGUAUGCGCGGCCUUCAGGAACAAUUUCUACGGUCCCCGAAGAGUGUGGAUAUUACAGGGCUAUUACAGCAACAGAUGGUAUGAGAUUAAUGAUACAAAGUGCAGCGCAUCUGAAAUUUUGCAAGUCAUCGACGGCUACUUCACCAUCGCCCCAUCGCAUUACCACGGAAAUGACACAGUCAGCUUAAUGUCUAUCUCUGACGUGUAUUGUCGCUACAAGACCUUGCGCAACCAGUCCUGUGACCCUCACUACAAGGACAACUCUGUUGAUGACCUCCAGGGCUUGCACUACAUGCCCCUGGCUUAUGAUGCCAUGUGGGCCGUGGCCCUUGCCCUCCACAAAACUCUCACUGACCUCAAGGCUUCUGGUUCUGGUGGACUGGAAAACUUCACAUACACCAACACGAAGCUAGCUGAGAAAAUCUACGAAAAUAUGCGAAAUGUUUCUUUUAGAGGAAUAUCUGGAGACAUCGCGUUCUCACCAAAAGGGGACAGAGUGGCCACCGUAUCAGUCUUUCAGUUCCAGCAAAAUUCAGGGCCUAGAGGAGGUGUUUUCGUAGAAGUUGGAAGGCAGAGGGGACCAGACCUGAAGAUUAAAUGGAACAACACGAGGAUCUACUGGCCAAAAGGUAAGCCAGUCUCUGUCCGUCCUACCAAGAAACGAUUAAUACCGUUGUCCAAAGAAAAGUACAUCGCCAUGUGUGCUCUGGCUGCACUGGGAAUGCUGACGUCAGCAGUCUUCUUGACCUUUAACAUCGCCUACCGCAACGUCAGGAUGAUCAAGAUGUCGUCACCCAAGAUCAACAACCUCAUUCUGAUUGGCUGCCUCGUCUUCUACUCCAGCAUUUUCAUCGAAGAUGUCUUUCUCUCUGGUCUCAGCGUGUUCUGUUAUGCCAAGUUGUACAUGGCUGCCCUGGGCUUCUAUACGGCGUUCGGAGCUCUGUUUUCCAAGACCUGGCGGGUGUACAAGAUCAUGUCAGCAGAUCUGUCCUUUAGAGGUCGGGACCUCCAAGAUCGCCACUUGUUUCUGAGAGUUGCAGUCCUUGUGAUCUUUAACCUUCUGCUGCUUGUUGUGUGGACCAGCGUUGACCCUUUCACAGUGGAAAGGCAAACCGAGGGCCAGCCGAAAGUGAACGAGGAAAAAGACAUUAAGGAAAUAUUCCAGAGUCUUGGCUGCAGGUCGGAAUACAGCCAGUACCUGAACCUCGUUCUGAUGUCCACUCAGGGGCUUCUCAUCCUCUUUGGUGCCUUCCUGGCGUGGCAGACUCGCAAGGUGAGCAUCCCCGAGCUGAACGACUCUCGCUGGAUCGGCAUGUGUAUCUACAACGUGGUGCUGCUCGGCUCUCUGGGAGCCAUCCUGGUGAUGGGCACAGACCAGACCCCCGCAGUCACCUACCUCAUGAAGUCUGUCAUCGUCUUCACUGGUGCAACUGUCACACAGUGCUUGAUCUUUGUUCCCAAGAUGAUAGCGUUCAGACGACAGCGACAAGCAGGCUCCGACGUCCUCCUGGGUAGACUGGUGCUGAAGAACAUGUGCCUGGCGCCCUCUGCCGGCUCCUCCGCGCAGUCCCCCCAGUCGCAGCACCUCAACACCUCCGUGGUCGCCGGCUCGAAAUCCUCUCCCAUUCACACGACCUCUGAUGGUGAUUGUCAAGUCAUUAGGCCGCGAGAGUCAGACAACGAGUGAGGUCAGAGGGCAUUCGUGGACAGCCUUGACACUCGAGGUCUCGAUGGACGUGCAAGGUCUCGAGUGAAGCUUUUCUUAGCUAAGAGCUUCAUCAUGGUUGCUUCAGAUGUAAUUAUUCAGUGUAUGCGAUGUUUGACCUCCUCAAACUGGAAAACAGUGUAUUGCUUCGACAGCUGACAAUAUUCGCUCGUUUCGCAGCUUUGUCUUACAAACAAUACCACAAGAGAGAAGAAAUGCUGUCAGAGGGAUUACAUAAGGUUCACUACCCUGAUAGUAUUUAAACAUUUUAUCAACGUUUACAAACGGUCAAAAAACCCCUACAAAGGAUUUAAAUACUAUCUGCGUAUUUAACACAGCGCGGGUGGUCAAGCCGCACCUGUUUCAUGUUGUUAACAAGUAACCUAAGAGAAGGAACUUUCUUUAAGGACUGUAUUUACAAUUAAUAAUAAUAAGAAGAAGAAGAAGAAGAAGAAGAAGAAGAAGAAGUAAUGAGGAUUGAUGGAUGAAUGUUUACUGAGCUAAUCAUUUUCUACAUUUAUCGUGUAUUUUUAUUAGUCGUUGUAACAGAAAUUUUGUUUAUAUAUGGCGUCUACUACGCUGCACAACCCAACACGCUAAACCAAGGGAAAGCACUGGUGAUGGCUGCUAUCGACGUGUUUACCUCCCCUGGACUGCUGCAGGCGAUCAAAGAUGAUUUUUUUUAGAAACGACUUGGCGUUGGUCUGACUUAGUGCAACACUUUGAUGAUGGUUAAGCUUGCACCUUUUUUUUUUUAUCGCAUUCACCUGGGUCUAAUCACGUGGGGGGGUUUUGUUUUUGUUUUUGUUUUUGUUUUUGGUGGUAGGGGUUGAGCACUUCCCUUCUUUCUUUAUCCUUUUUUAUAUUUAAAAUAUAGUUGUAUGUUAUAACUUAAAACAAAAAUCAUUCUAUUUUUCAAUCCGAACCUUUUCAUUCAUUAGAUGAUUUAUUAUAGGUUUGCUUUGUGCUGUGUUGUUUUAGAAUAUUUAUAUAAUUAAUUUAAACAGAAAAGAUAUAAUUAAUAACAACCUGUUUAUCAAAAUGCUUGUAUCACUUAGAUUAAAAAAAUUAAGUUGCAACAGGUAACAAUUAAUGCAUUUUUUAAAUUAAAGCUACUCGACAAAUA